AUGUCUUCCAAGGAUAUGUCAUUCGCAAAGGCAUUUGACGAGCUCUUGCCACUCGAGAUCAAGCAGAUAAUCUUCAAAUGGGCAGCGAGCGACAACAGCAGCGAGAUCCAGAUCAGGCUUUUGCACGAUAACGGAGACCGGCUUCAUGCACCAGCAGUCGACCUGCUCACGAAGUUGAAGGACCAGUACUCAGCCAAGGCGUACAAUCAGGCCUUGGAGUAUCUUACAGGACCAAUUUUUCGGUGGGCCUUCAGCAGCGAUACACAGCCACAUCGAUACCUUCUCCGUGCUUUCCGAAACUCGGUCCCAAUGGAAGUUCGACAGCGGAUCAAGCAUGCCUAUCUGCCUCGGGUCACCGUGUAUGGUCUCAUCAAUCCUGCGACUCAGUCCACAAGCUUCGAGAACCUGGGAUUGGCGGAACCGUCUAUACCGAGGCCCUACUCUGAUUACUUCACACGUCUAGGCGCUACGACAUCGUCGACAUCCUUUGAUAGGCUCUUGAUAAUUAUGCAAAUCAAGAAGGACAUCGCAGGAGGUAUGCAGCUGCUACCCAUUACGCUGCCUUCGCUCACGAAACUGGAUCUCCGUCUCGACAUCAUUGACUGCUUGCAAAGAAACCCAGAAGACGCCAUAAAGUUUGAAGCCACUUGCUUGGUUGAUUGGAUGAAUCUGCUUCAGAGUGGACCGCUUCCGGGUGGGUUUGGAGCACUUGCAAACCUCGUAGGGAUCGCCAACCUCGAUAUUCGCAUUAUCUGGGAUGACUUCCUUGACAAGAAACGGAAUUUCGCAGGCAGAUGCAGUGGGGAGAUUGAGAAAAGGGCCCACGACAUGCUUAUGGAGGCGUUAUGUCUAAGUCUUCCUGCUGCGAGGAGCAUUGUCGGCCAUUCAGACAGUUCUUUCGUCUGA